UCCAGCCAGGGCCCCGCCUCCGGAGGAGCCAAGCAAGAGCCCCUUCCUGGGCCGGAAAGCCUUUCCCGAGGCCCGCCUCCUCCUGCUCCCCUCCUGCUGUGAGGGCUCCUUCGGGGCAGGCCUUGGUCUUGGGCCGGAGCGGGCGGAUAGGGCUCCGAAGGGACGAGGGGCUCUCUGCUUGGCAAAGAAACCCAAGUCUAGGAAAGAGGGCAACCCAAGGAGCCUCUCCAGAGGGCCCCAGGACCAAGCCAGGCGGAGCCCACUUGGACUGCCUCCUGGAUCACUGCUGUGGCAUUCUGGGAAUGGCCCUUCUGACUGGGAGGCCUUUUGCCUGUCUGCCAGAGCGUUCUGGGGCCGCCACAACAAACUCCCCAACCCAGGCUCCCCGAGCCUUGAGCCAGGGCAGGCAAAGCAGUGGCACACCGGAGGAUUGCUGCUGGACGGCUGCAGCCUUGGUGUUGGGCCUGCCUUUGAGGGGUGCAAAAGCUCCCCAAUGGCCUCUUCCCCCGGAGGACCCACCCACCCCCCUGCCCCACUGUGGCUCAGUUUUAGCCAGGCAAAAAUGCUGAACAAAGCAGCCUCUGGGUAUCCUGGCUGCAUGCCAGUGGUGCCGGCCUGGCGGAGGCAGAGUCUCCAUCCUUGCAAGGUGGCCUCCAAAGGCACAUGCCCCGAAGCCAAGGGCUGUGCAGGUGGAAGGGAGAUGGCCUGCUCUCCCAGGAUCCCCCCGCCCGCUCUUCUGGACCCCUGAGGCCAACAACACAACCGACGGUCACCAGAAAGGACGGCCAGCAGCACCACUGGCUUCUCUGUUAUCAAAGGCAAGGGAGGCCAGGCCAGGCCAGGGCCACACUCUGGCAAUCAGUCAGCAGGCCAUAGGAAGAAGGGCCCUGCCACCUGCUUGCAUAGCAGAGGCAAGUGCAGAGCGCACAAGGGAUCUCCCAAACCCAUCCGCAUGGAGUUUCACUUGGCACCAACCAGGUACUGUGCAUUUGACAGAACAUGGCAACACUGGCUCUGCAAAAGAGUGGGCCAUUGGCCAUAGAAGUUACAAGAGAGGGACAAGUGUGAGCGGAAGGUAUCUAAUGGCAUCCCUCCAAAUGAGAGGAAGGAGACCUUGCUGCAGUGGUUUCCUAGCUGCCAGAAGGCCCUUCGAAGAAGGAAUCCCCUUGGAGAGACAGGGAAGGCCACCCAGUCAAUGGCCCUGGCAUAAGCUGGGAUAAGCCCUCUGGGCAGCCCCAGUGGAAGACAGAAGGGCUCCUCGCACUGCCCUCAAAGAGUUCCUAACCAAAGUGCCUUUUCCCUGGCUGCACAGACAGACACAGCAGGGCCUCUACUGAAGGAGACCCCAAAGUCAUUUCCGCAGUUGCCUGUGUCAGGACUGCCCUGCUUUGUCCCAUAGCAGCAAUUGCCACUUGAACAGCUCCCCGGAAGAAGGGGAAUUGCUCUGGAAAGCUGCCGGCUCUCCUCCCUUGGCAGAAGAGAGCAUGGAACUCCACCUCCGCGCCCAGGCUCUCCCUUCUGGGUGGAAUUUGGACCCCUAUUUCCCAACUCUCUGGCUGAGCUCCUUGUGAGCAAAUCUCAGGAUUGGUCCUAUCUGUCGGCCCCUCACCACCUGGGCUCACAGGAGAAGCAAGGAGCCUUUUCUGGAAGUGUGCCUUUUGCCAGCAAGAGGCAUCCCAACGCAUAGAGGGGUCUAUUGUUGGCCAUUCGCUGCAGUGGCCACAGCAAGAAGAGGCGCCAGCACUCAUCGGGUUUUAGAGUCUGACACACUGACCUAGAAACUUGUGUGCUGUUUUGGUGCUCCCCAUCUGCUCUGUGUUCUGGCUGCAGAGUGGUACAGCCCUGGAAACAAGUGAAGUGUCCAGCAUGCGUGUAGCUGUCAUUGGCGCUGGUGUGAUUGGAUUGUCCACAGCCCUCUGCCUCCAUGACCGAUACCACUCGACUGAUCGGCCGCUGGAGGUAGAGAUCUAUGCCGACACAUUUACACCUCACACCACCAGUGAUGGGGCGGCAGGUCUCUGGCAGCCAUAUGUGGAUGACAAAGGAAAUACUCAAGAGACACUCUGGAACAAAGAGACUUUUGAUUAUCUACUCCAACAUAUCAACUCAUCAGAAUCCAAAGAGAUGGGGUUGUUUCUACUCUCUGGAUACAACAUCUUUACAAAGCCAGUUCCAGAUCCAUCGUGGAAGGAGAUUGUCUUGGGAUUCCGACACUUGUCCCAGAAUGAGCUUGAGCUCUUCCCUGACUAUAGCUAUGGCUGGUUCAACACGGCUUUGAUCCUAGAGGGCAAAAGCUACCUACCCUGGCUUACAAACAGGUUAAACCUGCGGGGAGUCAAGUUCUUUCAUCGGAAAAUCAAGUCCUUUCAGGAGCUGACAGCGGAAGGUGUGGACGUCAUCAUCAACUGCACAGGAGUUCGUGCUGGGGACCUACAGCCUGACCCCGAGUUGUGCCCAGGCCGAGGACAAGUCAUCAAGGUGGAGGCUCCGUGGGUCAAGCAUUUCAUCAUCACUCAUAAGGAAUCUGAAAUCUAUACGACCCCCUACAUCAUCCCUGGGAGCGAUACAGUGACCUUAGGGGGUAUAUUUCAGCUGGGAAACUGGAGUGGAGAGAACAGCCCUCGGGACCACCAGCACAUUUGGCAAGGAUGCUGCGAGCUGAUGCCUAGCCUCCAGAAAGCCAAGAUCCUCUAUGAGUGGAGUGGUUUCCGUCCAGUACGCUCAAAAGUUCGGUUGGAACAUGAGACUGUUCGCCAUGGAAUGUCACAGUCAGAGGUGAUUCACAAUUAUGGACAUGGAGGCUUUGGGCUCACAAUCCACUGGGGUUGUGCAAUGGAAGCUGCCAAGUUAUUUGGGAAGAUCCUAGAAGGCAAGAGGUUGACCCAACCGUUCUCAGCCAACCUCUGAGCAGCUCAGAAAGACCCUUCUUGAGGCUCCUCUAGGCUGGCCAAUAGUUUUGGUAAAUGCUGAGGCAGUCUGUUUUUGUAUUUCACACAUUCUAAUGCCCUGUAACAGUUGUUUCCAUUACAGGCUGAGUCUCCCUUAUCCAAAAUGCUAGAGAUGAGAAGUGUUUUGGAUUUCAGAUGAUUUUGGAUUCUGGAAUAUUGGCAUCUACGUAAUGAGAUAUCUUGGAGAUGGGAGCCGAAGUCUAAAAAUGAAAUUCAUGUUAUGUUUUGUCUACACCUUAUUAUACACAAAGCCUGAAGGUAAUUUUAUACAUAAUAAGUUUUAAUAAUUUUAUGCAUGAAACAAAGUUUGUGCACACUGAACCAUCAGAAAGCAAAGGUGUCGCUGUCUCCAUGUGAACUAUUUUGGAGUAUUUUGGAUUUCUAGGUAAGGGAGACUCGACCUGUACCACAUCUGGUUGUGCCCCAAAUGGUUUUGGUGCCUUGUUUGUUGCUGGUUGAAGCAGAUUUCAACAUUAACCCUGAUGUGCAUGCUACAGAGUCAUAAAAUCAUAGAGCUGGAAGGGGCCUCAUGGGCCAUGGAGUCCAUCUCCCUGCUCACUGCAGGAUCUCCAGCUACAGCAUCCCCAGCAAGUAGUUGCCCAGACUCUUUUUGAAGAUGUCCAGAGAAGGAGACCCCAUCUUCUCUCUAGGCAAUGGCUCCCGCUGUCAAACCGCUCUAAUGUUCAGCCGAAAUGUAGCCUCCUGGGCCAUUGGAACCCAGUACAGUCUGCUCUGACUGGCAGUUUUGCCUCAAAGGCUGUCACUGUUUCCCACCUCUGCUAGCUGAGAUUCCUCUGAACUAGAGACAUGAGGGACUAAUUCUGGUACUUUUCUGUGCACAAAGCAUAUGACUUGGGAUGGAGCGGUGGAUCAUCCCUGAGAAUGUAUAUAGAAACAGGCAAAGAAAGUGCCCAGCCCCACAGAAGAGGUCAGAAAAGCCCAUCUGGGACUUGAGUCCCUUCAUGAGAAAAGGCCCUCGAUUGAAGAGUUCCGAGAAGCAUGUGUUUGCAUGCCUUGGCCUUGAAAGAUAUGGCCCACCUUUGGGGCCUAUAGCAAGAAACCCUUCCAUAAAGCUCAUUAUUGUAAAAACUAUUCAUUUAUUCAACAUAAAAUAUCCAGUGUGGAAUCAAAACUACUGAACGUUGCAUCAUUAACGAAGAAACAGAAGAAGAUAGUACAACAAGCUCAGUAUACAGCAGUCUCAUCUUCAACAUUAACACUUUAGAAACUACAUUCAAACACAGCAGAGACAUUCAAGUGUGCCUUUUCUUUUCUUUCUGGCAAGCACUGAGAAUACAAAAGCCAUUCAUCACAGCACAUGUGGAGAACCCCUUUCCUGUCACGACAGCUUUGCACAUUAACAAACUGGACAGCCGACAGAACCCCAAACACCACCACUGAGUUCAAUCCCAAAUGGCUUUUUUGAAAAAAAGGAAUGCCUCAACUGUACUUGAUCCAAGGGGAAAAAACAAAUCACCUUUUGAACAAAAUCUUUGAGAGCGGCUAUAUUUUUUUCCAAACAAUUGUGAGCAUUUGUGGGAGUGCAUACAUGCACAAGCCUGUAUAUUUGUUUUUUCAAAGAAAAGUCAAUGAAGAUUUCCAGCCACUCACAAUUCAACCUGAUUUGUAUUUUUCAAGAGAAAUACUGUAUCAUUGUUUUAAAUCCACCAUGAUUCAAUUUGGAUCAUUCUUCAGCAAGAAGCUAGACCAAGAUGGUUCAAUGCGCAGGGCUUAUGAAUACUUUUAGAUACCAUUUAAUAAAACAUACAAAGCAAAUGUAA